AUGGAGAUAGUUUGUGUGGAAGAUGAGAACCAUAGAGAAAUGUUAAGCUACUCAAAUGAAAAUGAUUAUCUUUCUGAUAUCAAUGAUUUAAUCGACUUGAUUCAUGGGAAGCUGGUACACUACAAAGAUAUUGAAUAUAGUGAAUAUAAAAAGACCACUAAGGAAUUUUUCAAAAAAAUUGACAAGUAUCAGGAGCAACCAUAUGUACUGGACACCUACUUAGAAAAACUUUGCUCUCCUCUUGCUAAUUGUAUAGCAGAAUUUCUUGAAAAUAACAGCUUGGUUUUACAUAAUACAAUAUUGUCAUUAAGUAAAACUCAGGAUGAAAAUGUUAACACUAAUUCUGAAUCUGGGCUCAGUAUUAUUGAAAAUUUAGAUAUUAAUAUUGAUAGAAAACAUCAGAAAAAUAUUCUUCGACUUUCGGAUUGUAUUUACAAUCUUUGUAAGAUUAGAGGGUCAAAGGUGAUUUCACUUUACUUUCCCAGUAACGUUAAUUUUUUGGAGGUUGUGAUAGAUUAUAUUUCCCUAAGAGAAAAGUACCAGAUAAAUCUAGAAUGCGAAGACAUUUUGAAUUCUAAACAAAUCUCGGAUUCUAGUAUUGAUCCUAAUUUGGAUACUAGAUUUGGAAAUCUGAGUAAUCACAGUGAAGAAGACAAUUGGCAUUUUAUAUAUAUUCUAUAUGUUUGGCUCUCUACUUUGGUUCUGAUACCAUUUUCAUUUGAAGUACUUGAUUCUAAAUACAUGUUAAAAGAAAAUAGUCUUUUUCUGAGAAUACUUGAAAAUGUAAUUCCUAAGAUUUUAGAGAAUAAGUAUUGUAUUACAAAUGAAACAGCUUCUAUUGUAUUCGCAAAAAUUACUUGUAGGACUGAUUUCACUUUACUUUGGAAAAAUGAUAACAAUAAAUUUAAGCCUCUUUUGAGUAAAGGAAUGGAUGAGACUCCAAACUCUCUCGGGAUUUUAAUAUGGAUCAAAUACCUAAUCAAGCUUGGACCAAUUGAAAGUAUUGAGAUUUUCAUUGACCAGAUUAUUAGAUACCUAAAUAUUCCAAAUAAAAAUGAUUUUGAGAAUUCUCAGAAUCCUCAAAAUAAGUAUGAUAUAAACUCCUAUAAAUCUAGAAGCUGUAGAACAAUAUGUAUUACAAGGUUGAUAAUAAGGUGUGUUCAGAGUGAUCUUCUUUUAAAAUACUUUUCAGAUUUUGAAAAUGUUAUUGACUGGACUUUGAAAUUUCUAAUUGAACAAAAUAAAAGUGAAAAUAACCUUUUAAGACACACGAGUUCAAAAUGUAUUGCAAAGAUUCUAAGUGCAAUUCAGGGUAAUUAUAAAGCUAAAGGAGUGCUUAAUGAUAUUCUAAUGCUAAAUAAUGAUGAAAAAGAAGAAAAUGUUGAAAGAAUUAAAAUAUUUAAGGAGCUUUCUCCUAAUGAAUUGGAAGGAAAAUGUCUCACAAUUGCCGAACUUCUAAGAGCACGUCUAACUUUUGUAUUUGAAGAUUAUCUACCUGAGAUCCUAGAAUUUCUUCAAUAUUGCUUAAAUUAUGAAUAUUGGAUUGGAACAAGAAGCUUUGGAGUACAAAUACGUGAUUCAGCAUGCUAUAUAAUUUGGAGCUUAGCAAGAGGGGUGCCACCUCAAGCUUUAAGACCUUAUUCUAAUAAAAUAAUAUCAUCAAUUAUACCUCUAACAGUUUUUGACUCACAGAUUAAUGGGAGAAGGUCGUCUUGUGCUGCACUCCAAGAGUUAAUAGGUAGAUUGGGAGGUGAAAAUAUAUCAUUUGGAAUUUCAAUUGUAACAAUUGCUGACUUCUUUAGCAUUUCAUCUUUAAAGUCUUCGUUUCUUGAGAUUUCAACUCGAAUUGGAGCUUUAGAUACGACUAAUGAGAAUGAUUUGGGAUCACAUGCUUCACCAAAUUACAGCUCUCAAAAAUAUGGCUGUCAGGAAGGAUCAGAAGAUUUAAUAUAUCCCUUUGCAACAAUCCUUUCCGAUUAUCUUGUCCAAAAUGUGUUUAUUCAUCCAAAUAUUAAAUUCAGGCUUUUAUCAACAAUUGCUUUAAGUAAGCUGGUUCCCUAUUGCCAUCACUUAUGCUUUUUCAAUAUUCUUCCUUUUGUUUCAAAAUUGAACAGUAUUAAUGAUAAUUCUUUGAACUUGAGCAACUGGAAUAAGGAUUUAAAUGUUUUUAGCUCUAAUAGUGUUUUUAGACACUCUUCAUUACUCAUCAUUUCGGUCCUUGUUUCAAAAGGACUAAUACUCAAAUCUAAAAAUAUCCCAUUUUGGAAUUUACUAACAAAAACUAUAAAUAAGGAUGAAAAUGCGAAUACUGGUUUUAUUAAGGAGCUACCUAUUUCCAGGAAUUCAAACUCAAACAAUAUUCCUAUGGAAUUUACAUGGAGUGAUUACAUUAGAAAUAUCCCCAUUUUAAUAGAGAAGAAUAGAUUAUAUAGAGGCAAAGGAGGUGACUUAACAAGGAAAGGAGUUCUAAACUUGAUCAUUUCUUUAUCAAGAUCUACUGAAAUUAUUCCGUUUAAGAAAGCAACAUUUUCCAGAUUUCUUCAAACUAUUUGCGAAUCAAUUAAACAUUUAAGUUUCUCAAUUCAGAUUUCUGGAUGUUCUGCUUUAGAUGCAAUCAUAAAAUGGAGGAUGACAAAAACUGGGAAUUCUUCAGAGUUUCUUGAAAUACAGAAAAUAUUGGUAGACUUCGUCCAGGCCUUAAAUUCUGAAAGCCCGGAUAUCCAUAUUAUGGCUCUUAGAGGAAUCAUUCUUUCGAUUGGUAUUAUAUUUCCUCAUGUAGUGAACCUUAUUGAUGAGAAAUUGAUUAAUGAUAUUGUCAACUGCUUAUUUGGAAUAUUUAAUAGAGGUAAAUUAAUCUUAAGAAACGAAGAUAGUCUAGAAUGUUCUUUGUUUGAGUCCAGUUCAUCUUUUAACCACUAUAUUUUUUCAUCAAAGUACGAUGUUGAAUGCAGAAGGAACUCAAUUUGGUCAUUAGGAGUUGUUUGUUAUUGUAUGAGAAAUGUUGAAAUUUCUUCAAAGAGUACUAUUUUAAAUUUAUGUCACGAUGUCUUUGUUCAGGGGUGCUUUGACUAUUCUACAGACAAAAGAGGUGAUGUUGGUUCAUGGAUCAGGGAGAUUUCAAUGGAAACUUUAGCAUGCCUUUAUUCUAAUAAUUCAUUUAAAGACGAUCCAAAGCAUGAAAAAAUUCUUUCUGCAUUUAUAUUCAAUAUCUUUAACUACUCUGACAAGCUUAGAGUUAAGGCAAUUUUGUUACUUUGGAAGUUGUUAUAUUUGAAUUUUGUAGAUUCAAACUUUAAACAAUUGGGUUCUAUCAAAUAUACUAAGAUAAAUAUCUACUGGAUUUACUACCGCAUUUUUCAUGGUAUUCCCUUUGAACUUUUUGAAAUCUGCCAGAUUAAAGAGAUGCCAGAAAUUAAGUUACAAAAUUUGAAUGAAAGUAAUUCGAUAAAAUAUAAACUCUUUGAAUCUUGCCAACUUAUUUUAAAUGACGUACUCAAAGAUUAUAUAUUAAUACACAGCAAAAACUAUAUUGAAGAGCUCAAUACAUUUUUUGGUGCUAAAGAUAAUCCAUUUAACUCAGGAUGCUAUUAUUUUGACAUGUUGGAUUCCAUUGAAAAAAUCCCACAUUCAUUACUUCCAUAUCUCGACUUUGAAAACCAAUUUUUGUUUUGUCUUUCAAACAGAAACUUCCAAAUCUUGUCAAAUUCAAGCUCAAAUGUAUUCAAAAAGUGUCUUUUUCCAUUUAUUCUUGAAGAAGAACUACAAAAGUCAGUCUUACUUGGGUUAAUUAACUGGAUCAACCAUUCUUCUUCCAUGAGUUCAUCAUCUUCAUCAAUUAACCCCUACCAAGCUAUCAACUAUGAGCUAAAUAUCUUCCUAAAAUCCGCUGGUGAGCUCUCUGAAACUACUUUUUCAAUUUUUAAUAAUAUUGAAAUGCUUUUAAAAUUUCUUUCUUCAUGCAAACCAGAUGCCGCUUCUUUUUGUACAUGCAUGACUUUGCAUGUGCUACAAUUUAUUUUAGUAUUGUUUACUUGGGGAAUUUUCCCGCAUGAAAAAACUGUAAUGAGAGGAAUUCUGACCACAAUUUUACAUGUUUUAAGAAUUACUAAAGAUUUUCAACUAAUUAAGAUUUCAUCCGCUGUCCUGGUACAUAUUUCUUUCAGUAUUCAAAUCUUAGAUGAUGAUGAGCUUGCUCGGGAAGCAAUGGAGUCUCUUUCAGACUUAGUUUCUCAUCAAUAUCCCAAUAUUAGGGCAUUUACUACCGACUAUAUUUACAAUAAUGUGUGCCACAUCCAAACAUCUGAGAAGAUUAACUCUAUACUUGAGUAUAUAAGAGAGACAAACUGGACCCAGAACUAUAGUAAAGAAGAGUUAAACAAAAUCAAGACUCAAUUUAGGUUUUUAUGUCAGUUAGAAGAGUAA